GUGCAACCUACGAGCGCAAGCACGUCAGUUUGGAUGAGAGUUUUAGUACAUGGAGGCUGUCAUCAAAUCCAGUCUUCGGAGAUCGCCGAGUGAGCGCCAAAGCGUAUUACGUGAUUCGACAGCUUGGUCUGCGUCGAGACCGCAAGACACGCGUCAGUUACGAACACAAGCAAACGUCCGAAAGAGCAAGGAUGCCUAGCGACUUAGAUAGGCAGAUAGAACAGCUCGUCCAGUGCGAACCAAUUUCAGAAGAGCAGGUCAAAAGACUGUGCAUCAAGGCGCGUGAGAUCCUCAUUGAGGAGAGCAAUGUGCAGGUCGUCGACUCCCCAGUAACUAUAUGUGGCGAUAUCCAUGGACAGUUCUUCGAUUUGAUGGAGUUGUUCAAGGUUGGGGGGACAUGUCCUGAGACCAAUUACAUCUUCAUGGGCGAUUUCGUCGAUCGAGGUUUUUACAGCGUGGAGACCUUUCUCCUUCUCCUCGCUCUCAAAGUCCGCCACCCAGACCGCAUAACUCUCAUCAGAGGAAACCAUGAGUCGCGGCAGAUUACGCAGGUGUAUGGCUUCUACGACGAAUGCCAACGGAAGUACGGCAGUAGUAACGUGUGGCGGUGGUGCUGUGAGGUGUUUGACUAUCUCGCGCUUGGGGCGAUCGUCGAUGGAAGGGUGUUUUGUGUGCAUGGUGGCCUGAGUCCGGCAUUGAACAGGAUUGAUCAGAUCCGAGCCAUCGACAGGAAGCAAGAGGUCCCACAUGAUGGUCCGAUGUGUGACCUCCUGUGGUCCGAUCCAGAUGAAACACCUGACGGAUGGGGCGUUUCUCCUCGUGGGGCGGGAUACCUCUUCGGACCCAGUAUCGCGAAGGGCUUUGCCCACAAUAACGCGAUUGACCUCAUUGCCCGCGCACAUCAGCUCGCUAUGGAAGGCUACAAACUGAUGUUCGAUCAGACAAUAGUCACUGUCUGGAGCGCACCUAAUUAUUGCUACCGAUGCGGGAACGUAGCGUCCAUACUGGAGCUCGACGAGCAUCUAGCCCAAGAAUAUAAGGUUUUCCAGCAUGCCCCAUCCGAUGUCCGAUCAGUCCCGCUCAAAAGACCGCCGUCAGAUUAUUUCCUAUGAAGAUGUUAUGUUGCCAGACUACUGUGUUUCACGCCGCCCUUGUUGCUUCUACGACACUUUUCUAUGCUCCUCGUCGCUGUCGUAUGUUCUGCUUGAUCCAAAACUGUAGCACUAUUUCUCAGCACUCCGUGUUAUUC